AUGUACAUGUCUAUGGCUUUAAUCCGUCACUCGAAAGUGUUUACGGCUUCAAGACUUUCGCAGAUUCAGCUCGCGCCUGAGUUUCCGGCAGCCAUGGCAGCUGUUGCAGGUGUCCAACCAAAUCCAAAGCCCACAGCGCUUUCUGGGCCUGAACUACUCAAGGACGCCGCAUGGUUCGAUGCAAAUUGGCCAUUCAUCAGCGCCUUUCUCUGCCCCUUUGCUUUCGUCCUUCCUUUUGUCGUGUGCAAGUUGCCCGGGAGAAAGGCCAUACGUGACCCCUAUGUGCUGGGAUGGCUGACGGUGGCAUUUUAUCUUUGUCACCAGAUUGAGGAGCACGCAUACGACUUGCGCGGCUGGCGCUAUGCCUUUGUACCCGACUUCAACCACGGGACUGGAGCGUGGCUUUUCAAGGAGUGCGAGAAGCUCGGACAUAAGACCUGCCCAGCGGACCCACGUUUUGCGACCUACAUCAAUGUGGUUACGGUUUGGGGGGGAUUUGUCGUGGCAAUGCUUUGCGCGCAUCAUCUUGGUGGGCAGUAUGCGUACGCCGGAUUCUGCAACUGGGGCAUGAGUAUUGUAAAUACAGCCACUGGCCACUUGAUACCUUGGGCCCUCAUGGGCUACAAUCCGGGCGCCUUUCAGAGCAUUUUCAUGUUUGCCUUCGGGAUGUACGCGCUUUCCCGUGUUGACCAGUUCUUCGCUGGCAUUUGCAUUGUCAAUGGGCUCCUCUUCCACGCAAUUUGCUUUGGUGUUGGCGCCAACUUGGUACUAAAAGCUCAUUGGCCGCUGGAGAUCGUGGCGGUUCUUUGCUUCAUUUUCUCCACAGCAGUGCCGCUCUUACUGGCAAAGCUUUUUGCACCACAGGCCGAGAAGAGGCUUUGA